GAGCAGGUUCCAGAUGCCAGGGCUGGCUGAAGACUCCGGAAGCAGUUUUCGGGUGUUGCUCUCUCUUUAAGAAGGCUGAGCUCUACCGGGAGAAGGCGGAGAAGUUCCAUCCCCCGUAUCUCCAGCUUCCGGUGACUCGGAGGGACCGGAACCUGCGCGGAUCAUCUGAGGCCCUAGCCUGCCCGUGGGGCUGGACUCCGAGGCCCCGAGACUUCUGCAAAUUUGCUUUCUAAUAAUUGGAAGAAGACCCACUGGCUGAAUGGCAGCUGUAGAUGACUUGCAGUUUGAAGAAUUUGGUGAUGUAGCCACUUCUCUAGCUGCAAACCCAGACGCCACCACAAUAAGUAUCGAGGGGCCCGGUGAAACUCCCAGACACCAUCCAGGACCCGCAAGAAGCUCUGGGAGAGAAGAGGAUGAUGAAUUACUGGGAAAUGAUGAGUCCGAUAAAACUGAGCUACUUGCUGGACAGAAGAAAAGCUCCCCUUUCUGGACGUUUGAAUACUAUCAAACAUUUUUCGACAUAGACACCUACCAGGUCUUUGACAGAAUAAAAGGGUCUCUUUUGCCAAUACCAGGAAAAAACUUUGUGAGGUUAUAUAUCCGCAGCAAUCCAGAUCUCUAUGGCCCCUUUUGGAUAUGUGCCACAUUGGUCUUUGCCAUAGCAAUUAGUGGGAAUCUUUCCAACUUCUUAAUCCAUCUGGGAGAGAAGACAUAUCAUUAUGUCCCCGAAUUCCGAAAAGUGUCCAUAGCAGCCACAGUCAUCUAUGCCUAUGCCUGGCUGGUUCCUCUCGCACUCUGGGGUUUCCUCCUGUGGAGAAACAGCAAAGUUAUGAACAUCGUUUCCUAUUCGUUUUUGGAGAUUGUGUGCGUCUAUGGAUAUUCACUCUUCAUUUACAUCCCCACAGCAAUACUGUGGAUUAUCCCCCAGAAAGCCAUUCGUUGGAUUCUAGUCAUGAUGGCCCUGGGUAUCUCAGGCUCUGUCUUGGCAAUGACAUUUUGGCCAGCUGUUCGUGAGGAUAACCGGCGCGUUGCCUUCGCCACAAUUGUGACAAUUGUGUUGCUUCACAUGCUGCUUUCUGUGGGCUGCUUGGCAUACUUUUUUGAUGCACCAGAGAUGGAACAUCUCCCAACAACUACAGUUGUUCCAAACCAAACAGUCAUAGCAGCCAAGUCCAGCUAAAGAGGAAAAGAGAGAGGAAGGGAGGGAGGAAGAGAAGGAGAGAGACAUCAAUGUGAGAGAGAAACACUUAUCAGUUGCCUCUCAUACGUGCCCCGACUGGGACCAAACCCAUAACCCAGGCAUGUGGCCUGACCGAGAAUCGAACCAAUGACCUCUCGCUUUGCGGGGCAAUGCUCAGUCUGUUGAGCCACACCAGUCAGGGCUUAAAUGUCUUAAAUUAUAGAAUCCUAUUCUGUCUCCCUCUCUCCCUUUGCCAUUUAUUUGCUGACGAAUUGUUUAUCUUAUAGUUUCUCACUAUCUGGAGUUUGCUGAUUGUAUCUUCACACUGUCAUCUAACAUGUUGCCCUCUUGUUUUUUUUCUGCAAAUUGGUGGUUGUAUCUAAAGAUUUGAUCAGAUUCAGGGUUUGUUUGUUUUUUUUGUGGGCGGUUGGGGGGAAGACUGCUUGCUAAGUGCUGUCAAAUACUUCCAUCCAUAAACUCAUAAUGCCUAAUUAUCUUUCUUUUUUUGAUAUUAGUGGCCAUUAAUAAGCAAUGCCUAGAUCCAUUAAUUUAUUAGGAGCUCCAAAAUGGUGGUAUUUCAAUUCUGUUUUCCUUCUUUGUUUAUUAACUGGAAUGCUUCAUUUAUAAAAUUUCCCUUCAUCUCCCAUUUAGUUAUCUAGUGAUAUAGUUUAUAUAAGAAAAGCAGUCUGGUGGCAGCAGACUGCUUUGGUGUCGAAGUUACACCUUUAAACAUAAAUAACAUGCUUUUCUACACUUUAGUUCCUUUCUCUAUGAGGGAAUCUUUAUCUUGA